CCUCCCCUUAUCCUCUCGCCUCGCUACCCCUUCUCCGCCGUGCAGCCACCACCACCGCCGCCGUUAGGGAGCGAGAGGGGUCAAGCUGUUGGCGUGCGUGCGGCGGCGUCUAGACCUCUCCGCAUGGCGCCGGCCCUGAGCGGGAGCCUGGGGGCGUCGUCGGUGGCGGCGCUGCGGCCGUGCGCGCGGAGGGCGCCGGGCGCGGGGCUGGUGGCGGCGACGCGGGGGAAGGGCGCGGCGAGGUGCGCGGGAGGGGUGAGGUGGGAGGCCGGGAGCGGCAGCGGCGGGAGGGGGAGGCUGGUGCGGGCGAGGUGCGAGGCCGCCGUCGCGGAGAAGGCCGCCGGGGAGGAGGGGGGAGCGGAGGAGAAGUUCGAGUACCAGGCGGAGGUCAGCCGCUUACUGGAUUUGAUUGUCCAUAGCCUUUACAGUCACAAAGAAGUAUUUCUUCGGGAGCUCGUGAGUAAUGCAAGUGAUGCAUUGGAUAAGUUGAGGUUUCUUGGUGUGACUGAUUCUUCUCUCCUUGCUGAUGGUGGCGAGUUGGAGAUAAGGAUUAAGCCAGACCAGGAUGCAGGAACCAUCACUAUCACUGAUACUGGUAUUGGAAUGACCAAAGAUGAACUCAAGGACUGCCUUGGUACUAUUGCUCAGAGUGGCACAUCAAAAUUCUUGAAGGCUCUCAAGGAGAAUAAAGACCUUGGAGCUGAUAAUGGUCUGAUUGGUCAGUUUGGGGUUGGGUUUUACUCAGCUUUUCUUGUUGCGGAGAAGGUUGUUGUCUCCACUAAGAGCCCCAAAUCAGAUAAGCAAUAUGUAUGGGAAGCUGUAGCUGACAGUAGCUCUUAUGUCAUCAAAGAAGAGACUGAUCCUGAGAAAAUGCUUACACGUGGCACUCAGAUUACUCUUGUUUUAAGACCUGAUGAUAAGUAUGAGUUUGCUGAUCCUGGAAGGAUUCAAGGCCUUGUUAAGAACUACUCCCAGUUUGUGUCCUUCCCCAUAUACACGUGGCAGGAAAAAUCCAGAACUAUUGAGGUUGAAGAAGAUGAAGAGACAAAAGAGGGUGAAGAGGCCACAGAGGGUGAACAAAAGAAAAAAAAGAAGACAGUUACUGAGAAAUACUGGGACUGGGAGCUAGCCAAUGAAACAAAGCCUAUAUGGAUGAGAAGUCCAAAGGAAAUUGAGAAAACAGAAUACAAUGAGUUCUACAAGAAGGCAUUUAAUGAGUUCUUGGAUCCUCUUGCCUACACUCACUUCACAACAGAGGGUGAGGUAGAAUUUAGGAGUGUCCUUUACAUUCCAGGAAUGGCUCCACUUAGUAAUGAGGAGAUAAUGAAUCCCAAAACCAAAAAUAUCCGGCUAUAUGUCAAAAGAGUAUUUAUCUCUGAUGACUUUGAUGGUGAACUGUUCCCCAGAUACUUGAGCUUUGUAAAAGGUGUAGUUGAUUCAAAUGACCUUCCCCUCAAUGUCUCUCGGGAGAUUCUUCAGGAGAGCCGAAUAGUAAGAAUCAUGCGAAAGAGACUUGUUAGGAAAACAUUUGAUAUGAUCGAGGAGAUUUCUGAAAAGGAUGACAAGGAGGAUUACAAGAAGUUCUGGGAGAGCUUUGGCAAGUUCAUUAAACUCGGUUGCAUUGAGGACACCGGAAAUCACAAGCGUCUUGCCCCUCUGCUGCGUUUCCACACUUCAAAAAAUGAGGCAGAUAUGAUAAGUCUUGAUCAGUAUGUAGAAAGCAUGCCAGAAAACCAAAAGGCGAUCUAUUAUAUUGCUACGGAUAGUCUCCAGAGUGCAAAGACUGCUCCUUUCUUGGAAAAGUUGGUUCAAAAAGACAUUGAAGUUCUCUACCUUAUUGAGCCAAUUGAUGAGGUUGCCAUUCAGAAUUUACAGACCUACAAAGAGAAGAAGUUUGUUGAUAUCAGCAAAGAGGACCUGGAGAUGGGUGAUGAAGAUGAGGACAAUAAAGAAACCAAGCAGGAAUACACUCUUCUGUGUGACUGGGUAAAACAGCAGCUUGGUGAAAAGGUUGCAAAGGUUCAAAUAUCAAAGCGCCUCAGCUCGUCACCGUGUGUUCUUGUAUCUGGCAAGUUUGGUUGGUCUGCCAACAUGGAAAGGCUCAUGAAGGCACAAACACUCGGGGACACAUCAAGCUUGGAGUUCAUGAGGGGAAGAAGAAUUUUCGAAAUUAACCCUGAUCACCCUAUUGUCAAGGACUUGAAUGCGGCCUGCAAAAACGAGCCUGACAGUACAGAAGCUAAGAGGGCUGUUGAACUGUUGUAUGAGACUGCUCUGAUCUCCAGUGGAUAUACUCCUGACAGUCCUGCAGAGUUGGGUGGCAAGAUCUAUGAGAUGAUGACAAUUGCUCUUGGCGGGAGAUGGGGGAGGCCAGACAAUGAGGCCGAAGCAGCAACCACAGGUGAGGCCAGCACAGAUUCAUCUGAAGCCACAGUGACGGAGGUGAUUGAGCCUUCCGAAGUGAGGCCUGAGAGUGACCCAUGGAGGGAUUAAUAAGCAUCCAUCCAUGCAUCCUCAAGUCUCUGACAGUGCCAACUAUCACAGGCUUUGUUUAAUCUGAUGCCUUUCUGAAGCAGCCUUGCUGUAAAUACAGGCCCCUUCUCUCUCAUCAUCGUUUGACCAACCACUGUCAUGUCGGUACAGUUACUUUAAUACAGUUAUUAUUGGACACGAACAACUGUCUACCCUUCGUGAUCAGCAUGAUAACAUGUACAGUAGAAGCAUCACUCUCCCGUUCAACAGAUUUGUCCCUUUCAGCUUUCUAAUUCAACUAGAAUUAGUUAAACUAGAGUGGAUUAACUUAUACUAACAUAUACUUGUAUCAACGAUCCAUAUCCACUCCCAAGUUCAUCAAUAUGUCUAGUAUUAACGAUUGAGAAGGAAAAAAAAUGUGAUUUUUGUGUCCAUAGCUUCCAAACUAAAGUAUCACAUCCAUUGAUCAUGGAAGCAAAUUGUAAACUCCUA